AUGGAACAGGGACAACAGAUAUCUUGGCUGGAGGACGAACUUUCCUGUCCUAUCUGUCAGGAUAUCUUCAAGAACCCCGUGUUUCCACCCUGUCAGCACAACUUCUGCGGCGCCUGCCUCAUGGGCUACUGGAAACAGAAGGGAGGCGGCGAGUGCCCCAUCUGCAGGGAGAACUACUCCAGCAGCGACUUGAAAUGGAACCGGACGCUGGCCAACAUCGUCGACUCUUUCCUGAAGGAGGUGAGCAAGGCCCGGGCGCAGAGCGAGUCCGGGCCGGUGUGUGAACAGCACCGGGAGCUGUUGAAGCUCUUCUGCCAGGAGGACGCCGAGGUGCUCUGCGUCGUGUGCCUGCACUCCAAGAAGCACCAGAACCACAAGUGCCUGCCUCUGGAUGAGGCGGCGAAAGAGGGCAAGGAUGUACUGGGGAUAUCAAUUGAAACUCUAAAAGCCAAGAAAGAGAAGUUCCUUGGGAUCAAGAAAGAAUAUGACCUGACUUUAAACCACAUUAAGAGCCAGGCCUCAAGAACGGAACGACAAAUCAGACAGGAAUUCCAGAAACUUCACUCUUUUCUCCACACGGAAGAAGCAAUGCUGCUGGACAGCCUUCGGAAUGAGGUGAAGAACCAGGUUCGAUCAGUGCAGGAGAAGGUGAAGAGAAUCGCUGAGGAGAUUUCCAUGCUGAAGGCUAAUAUCAAAACCAUUGAGUGCCAACUCAGCCAGCGAGACUCUGCCCUCUUCUUGCAGAAUCUUCCAGCAACCAAGAAAAGGGCUCAGUGUGCUCUGGAGGACCCGGAGCCACUCUCCGCGAUGAUCAACGUGGGAUAUUACGUGGGUUCACUGCAGUACCGAGUCUGGAGGAAAAUGCUGACAAUCAUCAAUGCAGUGCCAGUCACACUGGACCCGAAUACAGCCGCUCCCUGGCUCCAGCUCUCCGAGGACCUGACCAUGAUGGGCUACUUCCCGUCCAAGCAGCGGCUGCCGGACAACCCCGAGCGGUUUGACUCCUGCGUCUCGGUACUGGGUUCGGAGGGAUUCACCAUGGGCAGGCACCACUGGGACGUGGACGUGAAGGGACAGAGCGGAUGGUGCCUAGGAGUGGCCAAGGAAUCCGUCCGGAGGAAAGAUGUUCUUCAGGUUGACACGGAGAACGGGUUUUGGGCCAUUGGCAUGAUGGAUGGAGGGGAAUAUUAUGCCUGUACGUCGCCCUGGCGCACUGAGUUGUCUAUUAAGCCCCAGAUCAUCCGUGUCUAUCUGGACAUCAAGGGAGGAAAGGUGUCGUUUUAUAACGCUGAGAACAUGAGCCUUCUCUUCAGCUUUACAGACACCUUUACUGAGAAGCUGUACCCUUACUUCUGUCUGUGCUUGGAACCAGACACCACCAAGCUCGCCACAAUGAAAAUCUGCCCACUCAAGGUGACUUUACCGAAUUAGAGUCCACUGUUUCC